UCUACUUUCUUAUUCAGAUAACCUUAUCAUUAUUUUUCCUUUCUUUUCUUUUUCUCCUGGAAUUCUGUCUUAGUCCUCCUGCUCACCUGAUUUGUAUCUUCUACCAAUCACAUUCCAUUGUCACCCUUUCAGCUCAACUUAGUGUAGAUCUGCAAGAUUACUUCUUUUGCAGUUGGCCAAAAAGUGUUUCAAGGGAAAGUUUCAGGCUGGUUUUUAUGCUUUGUAGGGUUUCCCAAGGGGAAAACUCAAAUACCCAGAUUGGAUCCAGUGAGGUAAAUUGAUGUUUUUGCUCCAAAAGGGAAAUGCAUGUUGUUGAAGUUGCUGAGAUAUAAAUCUCAACUAUUUGUUUUCCAUUUUAUUAAUGAAUUCCUUCUUGUAUUAAGGCUUGAUGAAAAAGGGACAAGCUUUGAUGCAUUUCUUGGAAAUUCAAACUAAUUUCUGUCAUAUACUUCUUUGUUAGCAUUGGUUUAUUCAUCUUAUUUGAAAAGGCUUUAGUUUAUUGAGGGAGUGUGAUAAUGGGUAAUGUUCAAGGCUGGGAGUUCUUGUCUUUGCUCCUUUUUGUUGUAUUAUCUGCUCUUUUCAGAAGUGGAGAAGGUCAGUCAAAGUCUUUUCUGAUCGAUUGUGGUACAAAUUCUAGUGUUAAUGUGGAUGGUAGAAAAUGGGUUGGUGACUUCACUCCUGGUAAUAAUCUCACCCUCAGUUCUGCUGCUGUUGUUUCCACUACUUCUACAUUUAGUGGUGAUUCAAUCUUUGAGCCACUCUAUAAAUCUGCCAGCCUUUUCAGUGAUGAAUUGAAUUACACGUUUAAUGGAGUCCAGGGAAACUAUUUCUUGAGGCUUCAUUUCUGUCCCUUCUCCUUUGAGGAUCACAAUGUAAAUGAAUCUUCUUUUGAUGUUGUCGCAAAUGGUCUGAAACUAUUAGCACAAUUUAAUGUUGCUGGUGAGAUAGCACGCAAGAAUUUGUACAUCCAAAGUUCAGGAAGCAAUUCCAGCUUGUUCUACUUGGUUAAAGAGUAUAUUUUAGCUAUCAAUUCGGGUAGGCUUGUGAUUGAGUUCACCCCCUCAAAGGGAUCAUUUGGUUUCAUUAACGCCAUAGAGCUGGUCCCUAUGACUGAUCAGCUUUUUGCAGAUUCAGUCAGUAAAGUGGGUGGAAAUGAUGUAAAUCUGAAUCUAAGUGGAAGGGGAAUUGAAACUAUGUAUAGGUUGAAUGUUGGGGGUCCUGAGAUUAAUCCCAGUAAGGAUUCGGAUUAUUGGAGAACAUGGGAUGUGGAUUCUGGCUAUAUGAUCACAGCAAAUGCAGGUUCUGAAACAUACAACACUUCUAAUAUUACCUAUGCUUCUGCAAAUGCUUCUUCAGUGGCUCCUCUUCUUGUGUAUGAAACAGCUCGAAGCAUGUCCAACACCGAAGUCUUGGAGAAAAGGUUCAAUAUGUCAUGGAGGUUUGAAGUAGAUCCUGAUUUUGAUUACUUAAUCCGCUUACACUUCUGUGAGCUGCUUUAUGAUAGGCCAAGCCAGAGGAUUUUCAGAAUCUACAUAAAUAACCGGACUGCAGCAAAUAAUUAUGACGUUUUCGUGAAGGCAGGUGGAAUGAAUAAGGCUUGUCAUCAGGAUUACUUUGAUGCAGUUUCUUCCAAAAUAAACAUCCUUUGGAUUCAACUCGGUCCUGACACAGCAGCUGUUGCUUCAGGCACUGAUGCUCUCUUGAACGGACUGGAGAUUUUCAAGCUUAGCCGGAAUGGAAAUCUUGCCCACGUGCAGAGAUAUGAUUCAUCUGGGAGUUCAUCUCACACUUCAAGAUCUUGGGUUCUUUGGUUGGGAAUUGGUGCAGGUGUAGCCACUAUUGUCAUUCUUGUUGUUGCUGUUACCAUUGUAUUUUGUUUCUGCAAAAACCAAGGAAAAGAAUUAGCUGACAUGAAAAGCAACCCUCCUGGGUGGCGACCAUUAUUCCUCCAUGGAUCCAUUUCUGCCAAUGCCAAGGCAUCGUCUAGACUUCAACAUCCAAAUGGAUCUAUGGCCUCCACUGGAGUUGGCAAGCAAUUUACACUUGCAGAGAUUCGAGCAGCAACGAAUAAUUUUGAUGAAAGUUUAGUGAUUGGUGUAGGGGGCUUUGGUAAGGUAUUCAAAGGGGAGAUUGAAGAUGGCACCCUUGCAGCAAUAAAGCGGGCAAAUCCACAAUCUGAGCAAGGGCUUGCUGAAUUUCAUACUGAGAUUGAGAUGCUUUCAAAGCUUAGACAUAGGCACUUGGUCUCCUUGAUUGGAUUCUGUGAUGAACAAAAUGAGAUGAUCUUGGUCUAUGAAUACAUGGCAAAUGGGACUCUUAGAAGUCAUCUAUUUGGAAAUGACGUCCCACCUUUGACUUGGAAGCAGCGACUAGGAGCAUGCAUUGGUGCUGCCCGGGGACUGCACUACCUGCACACAGGAGCCGAGCGGGGAAUUAUCCACAGGGAUGUUAAAACAACCAACAUUUUGUUGGAUGAAAAUUUUGUGGCAAAAAUGUCAGAUUUUGGGCUGUCAAAAACCGGUCCUUCUCUGGACCAUACCCAUGUUAGUACAGCAGUAAAAGGGAGCUUCGGAUAUCUUGACCCCGAGUAUUUUCGCAGGCAGCAGUUGACUGAGAAGUCUGAUGUCUACUCUUUUGGAGUGGUGUUGUUUGAAGUUGUUUGUGCUCGUGCUGUAAUAAAUCCUAGCUUGCCCAAAGACCAGAUAAAUCUUGCAGAGUGGGCAAUGAGGUGGCAGAGACAAAGGUCUCUUGAAACUAUUAUUGACCCACAUCUCAGGGGAAAAUAUUCUCCAGGUUCAAUGGAGAAGUUUGGAGAGAUAGCAGAAAAAUGUCUUGCAGAUGAGGGGAAGAACCGGCCUACUAUGGGGGAAGUUUUGUGGCACUUGGAGUACGUCUUGCAACUUCAUCAAGCAUGGAUGCGAGCCAACACUAUGGACAAUUCCUUUUCAAGCAGUCAGGCCUUGGGGGAUCUGGAAGAGAGAGAAGCCGAAAAUAGGCUGCAGUUUGAUGGAAAUUCUGGUUUAGGGGCGUCCAAACCAGAAGCUAUAGCUGUUGGGUCUCAUGGUGAGCUGGCCUGAUGACCAUUGAAGAGUAAUGAGCUAGUAAUUGUAUUCCUUUAUUAUAAUACUAGCUGAAAAUUCUUUUAUUUUUGUUGUAUUAAACUUUAAGUUUCCUACUGGGCCAAACUUGAAGUUUCCUGGUGUAUGAUCCCUGUUAACCAUGCAGUAAUAUGAGAAAAUCAUGAU